UUGCAUAACCAAUAAAUCACUUUGGGUGUUGGGGUUUCGUUUAUGUUGUAAGUGUUGAAGUUAAUAUUAUAAAGAUUAAAUAAUUCGUUUUGUGAUUAAUAUUAUCUUGAAGUUUCUGUAAAGCAAGUUACAAAAUGGCGACACGUUCGGACGCUGGGUAUUACGAAGAAAACACUGAAAUGAAGGGAGAAAAAUCUACAACAACGACCACGACAACUGGAGGCGGUGAACGACAGAACUUUGCUCAGGGUUUCAGUUCAACUGGUGGUUCGAACCCUGUUGAUCCAGUUGCUCAUGAUAGAAGCAAAACCGUCAACUACAAAAGUGGAUCCAUGCAAGGCACAGUCAACACAGAAAGGUAUGGACCGUAUGGAACAGCCAAGGUUGUCCGAUCAACUUUCAACAUAAAUGCUUCAAACAUUGGCAACACUGUGAUUGGUGCAAGUGGUCCGGUUCAUAUAAAUAGCAAACAGGAAAUUUUCAAGAAGGGGGCGCAGAAAACUGACAUCGACAUCAAGGGAGGAAAGUUUCAGGGAGCAACCAUUGGGGGGAGCGCUGAGUAUAACAACCAAGGUGCUACCUUUGAAUCAGGUAAAGCAGCGGGCGACAUUCAACCUGAUGCAGUUGCUACCAAAGUUAAAGAGGAAUUAGACGGUGAAUAUUUCUUCACACCGGAGCAAGUUGUUUUGAAAGCAUUGAAGACCGGAGUUGAUGGAGUUGAUUUAAUUAAGUUGCUUGAUUGUGGGUACCAUGUUAUGAAUAUCGCUCAUUGCUUGCCGAGUGCGUCAAAUAAACGCCGAUUCAUGGUUAAUACAUUGGUGCAAAUGGCUGGGAUGGAAAAUGAGAUGGACACAUCAUGAAGUACAUGGAUGCAAUUUAUUUUCAAUAUUUCCAAAGAAGUUCUGUCGCUAUUCCCACUGUAUCUGAUAACAACCAUUAAUGUGACUGUUUUAUAAUGGUGUCUAAUCAAAUGUAUUGUUCUUGUAUUGGUAAAAAGAAACCAGGCAAGUUUUAUAAUUAUUGUACAGAUGGUCAUUACUUAGCUGAAUCUACAAUUGUUGUAAUAUUGUUUUAAACGAAACUGCAUUGUUUUAAAGUUAUUGUCACUUUUAUUUGCAUCAGUGAUCUCACAGGUGCAAAUAUUGAAAACGGUUUUGAAAAUUGGAUAAUACUUUACGCCAAGUAAGGACCAUCUUUUUGCAAAUUAUUAAAAUGUGACUUCAGUUUCCUUUUGACUUUCCCGGUUGUCAUAAUAUUAACAAUGACAACUAUGGUUGAAUCAUUGGUUUAAAUAUAUAUAUAUGCCUUUUUAUUGUGAUUAAAUCAUUUUGAAAAAAUAUUCAAGUUAAAAAGUGAACUUAAAUAACAGCAUCUUUCAACUUCUGGCACUGUUUAUGACAAAUUUAAACUUAUUUCUUUCCACUUACAAUUGUUACUGUAUUUAAAAAAAAAAUUUUUUAGAUAAAAUAUUUAGGCACUUUUCUUCAUGGUGCCCUAAUGACAAUGGAACGUAGGAUUUAAUGUUUUCUUGGAUAAAGUUUUUCUUUGUAGCUUCUCUUAGCCUGAUAUUUAUAGUUCUCAUGCCCUUAAUUGCCUUAAUGUUAAUUGUUAACUUCCAGUAAUAUUGAUGAUUGUGAUUUUUUUAAGUUAACCUAACAUUACCCUUUUAUUGCGUUUUACAAUACCUUUCAAAUCCAAAAUUACAUUUUUUUUUACAAAAGAGCUUUAACAUACAUUGAGCCUAUGUUUUAGCAUAAAAUGCUUUGUUUAAUUUUUCAUCUAUAUUUGCGUAAAUUGUGUUUCAGUAAAAAUGUGAAUUGUAUUUCGUGCAUUUUUUAGAUAAACUAUGGACUUUCUAUGUUGUAUGGGUGAGGCCUAUGGAAGAGCUGGGGUGUCACCCAGAGUUUACCCAAAACAAUUUCCUAAUUAUUCUAGUUUCGAUAUCUAUUCUAACUAAAGUUUCUAAGCAACUAUGUAAUUCUGUUGAUUUGCACUUGUGUUUAUUUUAUUAUCCAUUAACAAUUAUGUAGUUUUAUUUCGUGUGUAGUAUGUAAAUACAAUUUAUUGGCGGUCAAA